ACAUCAGCGAAGAUUAGACGUGUCUGCAGGAAAUCGAGGAAAAACAUGGGUUACCUUACAAUAGUGCUCUGUUUUGCUAUGACAUUGACGGUUAUCAGUGAAGCAGCUAACAGUAGAUGCCCACCACCAUCCAAGGUGUACGGGUGUACACCUAAAUGCCAUGAGGACUACGACUGCAAGCACGGGAAGAUUUGCUGUCCAAACUCUUGCAACACCAAGUCUUGCGCAGAUCCAUCGCCAUACUCUAUGAAUACAGGCAAAUAUGGCGGUGCUGGCGUUUACUGUGACGGCGUGAAGUGCAAACCUCACGAAAUUUGCAAACCUGAUCGAUACAGUAAGAGAUUAAAAUGCCAACAUCCAUGAAAACCCAAUAAUUAUGUUGGACACAAAAAUAUCAUUAUGUGUCUAUACAAAAAUAUCAUUAUUUACAAAUGAAUGCGACCUCCAAAUCUAUA